AGCAAGCCAAGAUGAGGGUUGCAGAACUUGCUCUUCGGUCUUUCAUCCAGUUUCAAAACGCCUCGCAGGCUCACGCCUCCAUGGGGAACUUUACCAGCACUCCUGUGGAUUUUACAGCCGAUAAACUGGACAUCCAUGACGCAUUCCUAAAAGAGUUUGAGCCAUCUUUGCUGGAAAACUGUCAACUCCGGCAGUGCAACACAGCAAAAAAGGAGGUUUUCUCCAGCAUAUAUAACUACAGACGAGUUGUCCGCCUUAAACUGGACUUCUCCUCAACUAAACCCAAAAGACAAGCCAUUAGCACCUCACUUUUAGAGCACCUCAGCCCAGUGGCGCUGCUCAACGAGCUGCGACCAGGACUCAGAUAUAUGUGCCUGACGGAGAGAGUUCAUGGCAGGCCGAUGAGGAGUUUUGUUAUGGUGGUCAGGGUGGAGGGGGGGGUGUUUGAAGGGUGUGGUCACAGUAAACGGAUGGCAAAAGCCCAGGCAGCAGCAGCCGCCCUGCAGUCCGUUUACAACAUCACUCUGGGACCGGAGAGGAAAGUGAUGGGUCUUAACGGCAGCAGAGCUAAACUUCAGCUACCUCAGGUCUUUGCAGAGUCCGUCUUCCACCUGGUGAGAGAGAAAUACUCCGAGCUGACGGACGUUUGUUCCUCUUCGUACGCCAAACACAAAGUGCUGGCAGGAGUCGUGAUGAGCAGAGGAUUUGACCUCAGGACAGCGCAGGUUGUGUCUCUGGCCACAGGGACUAAGUGUCUGGAUUUGGACAAUGACAGUGACCACAGAGAAACCCUCAGUGACUGCCACGCAGAAGUCAUGAGCCGCAGGGCGCUGGUUCGAUUCCUGUACGCUCAGCUGGAGCUGCUGCUCUGUAAACCAGCAGACUGUGAGGAACAAUCCAUUUUCGUACCAAAUGAAGUUGGCGGUGGCUUCCGGCUGCAGGACGGCGUUUUCUUCCACAUGUUCGUCAGCUCGUCGCCGUGCGGAGACGCUCGACUCAACUGCCCCUACGAGACCACGGCUGCAUAUCCCAGCAGGAGGUUUCACUGUCACCUCAGGGUGAAAGUGGACGGUGGAGAAGGGACGCUGCCAAUCACAGCAAGAAGAGCCAAUCAGAACAAUAUGGCAGCAUUUAAAUCACGCGUCACAAUGUCCUGCACAGACAAGAUGGCAAAGUGGAGUGUUGUUGGCCUGCAGGGGGCGCUCCUCUCUCACCUGGUGGAGCCAGUUUACCUGCACAGCGUCACCGUGGGAACGCUCAGCCACACGGGUCACCUGAGCCGAGCCUUUGCACACCGUCUCGCACCCGUCAAGCACCUACCCUUCCCUUACCGACGACAACAGCUGAUGCUCGGCUGUCUGAACAGCAGUGAUGUUCGGCCGUCAGGAAAGGCACCGAACGUCAGCGUUAAUUGGAGUCGUGGUGAUGGAGGCCUGGAGGAGAUCAGCAGCUCUACAGGACGGAGGAAAGACUCAGGGACGCCGUCUCGGCUCUGCAGGAGAAACAUGUUCGAACGCUGGCAGAGGAUUCAGCAACAGUUAAACGGUGCAGAGGCGACUCCAUGGACAUAUUCUGGUUCCAAGAUGGCGGCCGGACGUUACCAAAGGGCGAUGCAUCAGUUCACCAGCGCACUGCAGGGGGGAGGGCUGGGAACUUGGCUCAGAGAAACUCCAGAACUGGGUCACUUCAAUGUUAGUGUGUGAUAAACUGUGUGAAAAGACUGAAUAUUGAGGGUGCAGUACAUGUAUGAUUUUCUUUGUGACACACUGUAACACUAGUUAGAGCAGAAAGUUGGUUAUUUCCAGAGGUGGGAAG